UUCAGGUGAGGAAGGCCUUUUGACCGUUUCACUGGACAGUGGCCUGUUGUCUCCUUGGCCACUCUCUUGCCUCAAAUGUCUCUGAGGCCCCUUCCCCGUGGCCCCUAUAUCCUGGGAUCUGAUUCCAGAUUAUCUGCUUAUCCCAGAUUAUGUUGCAGUGGAGACUAAUAUAAUCCAGUUCAAAGCAGAUAACCUGGGAUCAGAUCCUGGGAUAAAGGCCUGCAAAUGGCCUUCUUGUUGCUCUUUGCUUGAUCGGCCAUUCUCAGCUCACUCUGGCCUCAAAAUGGUUGUAACAAAACAGCUGAGGCAAAUCUCCAGGCCGCACAAUGACUGCAUUCCUAACCCUUUCCCCAAUGGAGUAUUGCAAUGAAAUGGCCUGGUCACUCACUCACUCACUCACUCAUGGGAGUCAAGUGCUGCUGGGUCGCUUGACCAUCUCUCCUUCGUGCCGCGUCUCUUCCAGCACCGGGUCCAAGGAGGCGCCUGGCAACUGGGGCUUGCUAGACCAGGUGGCAGCCCUCAGGUGGGUCCAGGAGAACAUUGAGGCCUUCGGAGGAGACCCCACUUCGGUGACCAUCAUGGGAGUGUCGGCCGGAGGGUUCAGCGUGGGGGUCCAGGUGGGUCAGGGUCAGAGAGAAGGCCCAGGGACCUCCUUCCAAGAGCGCGAGACAGGG